UCCUAUAUUUCCAACCCACUUCUCCUAUUCAAAACAAACCACCCAAUUCAACUCAACUCAACUGCCAUUAGUGCUUCACUUCAUCAUCGUCUCCAUCUUCAUCUUCCUCUCCUCACCAGCUCCAUUCUAACCCACAUGCCACACCAAAUCCCGCCGCCGCCGCCGCAUUUAAUUAGCUAAGGAGCCGCGCGCCUGGAAGUUUGCAGAGACAUGUUUGGCACCUUGUUUGGUUGGAGAAAAGCCUCCAAAUGCAAGAAACUGGUCCGGCGGGUGCAGUGCCGCCUGAAGCUGCUCAAGAACAAGAGAUGCGCGAUUGCGAGACAGUUGAGAGAGGAUGUGGCUCAGCUUCUCCGACAUGGCCACGAGCAAGCUGCUUUUGAUCGGGUAGAACAAAUCUUCCUGGACGAAAGCAUGGUGGCCGUGUAUGAUCUUCUGGAUCAUUUCUGCGAAUUCAUUGUCAUUCACCUUUCCUACAUUCGCAAACACAGGGACUGUCCUAAUGACAUCAACGAGGCAGUGUCGACGCUCGUAUACGCAUCGGCGAGAUGCGCCGAUCUUCCCGAGCUCCGGGAAAUUCGGAAGCUCUUCGGGGAGAGAUACGGCCAGAGGUUCGCCGUUGUUGCUUUGGAAUUGCUUCCCGGGAACCUUGUGAACCUCCAGAUGAAAGAGAAUCUCUCCGUGAAAUCGGUUUCGAAUGAUGUGAAGUACUGGUUGGUGGAUGAAAUUGCCCGGAGUUGCAUUCAGACGAGGCCUCUGGCAAUUGAGUACUGGCCUGCUCUGCAACAAGAAAAACAGACGAACAAAUUUGAGGACUCUAAACUGCCUGCUUUCAAUCUCAUGGAGGCAGAAGGGAAGAUUGAGUUCAUGGAUUCUUCCUCCGCUGGCUCGGUGGAGUUGUCGCUGGGGAGGAAGAAAGAAGGGGGAGCGAAGAAGAAUACCCAGAAGAAGAAAUCUCCAUUCGAGUUCAAAAUUCCGGCUGCCGAGACUUCGCCGGAGGCUUCAUCGGAGUUGCCAAAGGAAAUGGUGUAUCUAGACGACAUAGAGGAGUUCAAGUCCAACAUGAACAAAGACCAAAGCUGCCAGGACCAGAGACUGUUCAUGUUCAGAUCACCGGUUGUCGAUGAGAAGAUCAAUUUCUCGGGAAAGAGACGGAGGAGAAGAUCAGUUUCUCGGGAAAUUGGAGGCGUGAAGGAUGUGGAAUCCACAACUUACUACGGCCAGUCCAAUGGCAAUUCACGAAACCGCCAUAGAAAGCAUCCGAAGAAGAUUUCACUACACAGCAGCAGAGUUGUCCAUGAAUGCAGCCUGGAGCAUCCCUGUUAUUUCUGCACCGGCGACGACAGGGAUGACGGAGAAAGCCAGAACUGCAGGCUGACAACUCCUCUCAACAAAGAUGACGUCGAAAAGGUUGUCAGACAUUGCCAGUGGCUCGGAGAAACAGAGCGGUCAGAUCAUGGACAAUGUCGAGUUCCACGUCCGCCAUAUUUGAGGGCCAUGACUCUGCCGCCUCAAAGACAAAUCAACGGCGGCACUGACAGCAUUAUGCGAUCGAAUUCAUUCCCUAUUCAAUCAGUUAGCAAUGGACCAGCAGCUUGUCGCCACGUGCACCCCAAGCUGCCGGACUACGAUCAGUUAGCAGCCAAGUUCAGGGCUCUGAAGAAAGCAAAUUUGCAAUGUAAGAGCAAGAAUCAGUUGAUUUAGAAGGCAUGGAUCGAUCAUGUGAUGAUGUUGCCUGCCAUAGCUUAGAUGUUAGCUUGUGUUUUGCUACUUAUAUAACCUUUCACCUGUUUGAGCCAUUCAUUCUUAGUAGCAAUCAUCUCUUUUCUUUACCUGAAC